GAUGUAGCCAAGAGAAACGAAACACACAAAUUUUUGGAAAAGCAGCACGGCCGCAACAACGUAGCUCCCGUACGUGCGUGUGUCGUGUACGUCGUGAAUUCGUGUUUUCAGAUGUUUUAUCCUAGUUUAGUUUCACGUUAUUGCUAGCCAUGUGCCGUGCGUGAAGCAACCCACCCGCAAUGCAUAAAGUGUAAAACAAUCCAGAAUCAUUGCUGCAGCUGUUGGCCGUGUCCCGUUUUUCCAUCACGAUGGAGCAUUUGUUUUUGUUUUCUCGGUCGCCCUACUAGCAGGAAUUGAGUGCUGAUGUGCUAAUCGCUGCCCUGGUUGGUGUAUUAUUGUGCGUAGUGCGUACUGUUUGUGUGUGUGUGUGCGCGCGUAUAGUGUGACGAUCGUGCUCUCGUUUUCGUCGGAUCUUGUUUGUUUGCCAUCGAGUUUAAAUGGUGUAGCAAGUUCGACAUGUUCACCAAAAAGGCCAAUAUCGAUUUGAAAAAGUCGACCCAAAAAAUUCAAGACAGCAAGAAAGAUUCCGCUGCCCGUCUACGGCAUCUGAAGACUAUACUGGAGCAUGUGGACAGCGAUGAGGCAAAAAAUCUGUUCGAAGCUAACUACAGUCACGUCUACUACAUCCUUUACGACACGUUUGUACAGGCCGAGGCGAACCUGAAGCAGCGCGAACUAUCCUUUCACAUCGUACACAAAACUCAUCGCGAAGAGUUGGACGGAUCGCUGUGGCUGCUAAGUAAAAUACUAUGCCUUCUCCCGGAGCUGGUACAGCGACGCUGGCAGUGCCAUUCGCUUGGGCGCAUCCUUGCGAAGCUGUUGCACUACGGCAACAGCGUAAAGCUACGACGCGAGGGUGUGAAGUACUUUCUCCUCUGGUAUCAAGCGCUUGGCGACAAUGCACCACCCUUCGUGCAUGGAAUGUUCACCGAGCUGGUGCCCGGACUGUCGGUACCGCAGCGUGGCAAAAAUGCACCGACCGGUCCCAUGCCGUCCGACAGCGAAUUCAUCGCCACCGACCUUCUGAACCACCCGAACCUGAAAGGGGAGCUCGGUGGUUCAGUGUUUCACGACACAACCGCCACACAUCCGGUGAAGUCGCCCGAAAUUCAACCACUCAUACCACCAAGCUCAAGCGAACGGACGGCCGCGCCCGAUCCGCGAGACGGUCUGGAAAUUCUACUCGACUGUAUGGUACAAUCGUGCGGAUGUUUGAAAUGGCGCGACAACAGUCCCCAGCGGCACAUUCGAACGUUCAACUUUCUGCUGACAAAGUUCCGCGAACAGUACCUGCCGGUGUUCUGCCCCUCGUUUGACUACAGUACGUCGGUGUAUGAACCGAAGCUAGAUCUGCCCGUUAUCCGGAGCGUUUCGAAGCGCGAGGAGGUGAUGAGCUCGUGCGUGGUGGUGCUCAUCAUCUGGAUCGCGAAAUACACGCACGAGCGGCAUGUAAACAGCAAGCUAGAGCAGAUCCUUUCCAUCGAGGACGAACCAUGCGCGGGUUCUGGAGCGGGAUCGUUGGAUAAUGCCAGCCUGCUGUCUAAUCUGCGUCACAUGGGCUACACCCAAACGCAGCUAGUGCGUGACGUACUGUACUCGAGCCGCGAGACGGUGAAUUUUGUGCACGAAAUCUACCGACAGGCAUUUCUAAUGGCAUUCACCUCCAAGUCGCAGAUAGAGGCGAUGCGCAUCGCCAUCUCCGUGUAUCGUGACUGGAUGAGCAGUAUACCACCGCCCCCGUUUUUGCUGGAGCCGGAUCUGGAAGCUCUACCGGUUGGAGGAGGAGGAGGAGGAGGAGGAGGAUCGCCCGGUGGUACGGUACCGGCAAUGGACACAAUCUCUCCGACUGCAACCAACAAUCGCCCGGGUAGCCAAAGAUUACGCACCGACUCAUACCUUGGCGCCAUGAUGAUGACGAAGGAGAACGGGUCCAUUCGCGCUGGGCUGCAGAAUGUGCUGCAAGUGUUUGUGACGAAUGCAGUGAACGUAUUUAUGGUCAAUACGGCUCAUUUGAACUUACACUUUCAAUCAAAAACCAAUGCGGACGGGUACGCAACGCCGCUAGAUGAGCAGACGGACAUAUGCAAGCGGGUGCUCAACAUUUAUCGCACGAUGGUGAUGAAAACUCGUAUGGAAGCGAAAACGUGGGAGCAACUGCUGUUGGUACUGCUACAGGUUACGUCCGUGAUUCUGCAGAACUCACCACCCAACGCGAAGAAGAACAAUCUCGGCGGACGAUUGGCCCAGCCCAUCUUUCAAACGCUCAUCGUCACGUGGAUCCGAGCGCACACGAAUGUGCCCGUCAAUGCCGGCCUGUGGGACCGUUUCCUGAAAGUACUGUCGUCCCUAACGCAUCGAGAGGAACUGAUAGUGGAGUGGGAUAAGACGAUGCAGACGCUUACGCGCGUGCUGGCACGGCAGGUGUACAACAUCAAUCUUUCCGACCUACCGCUGGACCGGUUGGCAGAGCAAAAGGGGAAACGAAAGCGUGGCACACCGUCCAAUUGGACGGCCAGCGAGAGUGGCCGCUCCGUGAUGGCAAGGGAUGGAAGCGGGGGCGGUGGAGCGAACAAUGCCGACCGACAAGGUGCCACAGGCAUGCAUGAUAUCACAUUUACGAACGGAAGUAAUGUGGUCGCUUCUAUGCCGUCCGAUGGCGGAACUUCGAUGCGUGGAAGUGUGAAUGGCGGCCCGAAUGGUCAGAAUCGAUCCGGCUUUGAUGAUGAGCGAUUGCUUAACGGCGGUGGUACUAUGACGACGACGGCCGCAUCAGGCAGUACAUCAACCGCAGGAGGAAUGCGUAUCACAAACACGAGAAGCAUCCCAGGUACACCGUCACUAAAUCGAAGCUACAGCGAGGGAAGUCUGCUGUCUGCUCCGUUCCGUAAAUCACGCGCUCGUCGCCGCUUGCGCAUUGCCGGGCUUGGCUUGACGAUGGGGAGCAGCAGUGCACGCGAGCAAAAUUCGGCAGCAGAACAGCAUCAUCAUCAUCAUCACGCCGGUGACCAUUCCUUUUCUCGGCUGCUUUCCAACACAUCCACAUUCCUGAGUAUUAGCAGCGAGAAUCUAGAGAUGGCCUCUUUCUCCGAAUGCACCGAAGUACCGCUCGGCGGCGAAGUUCCGGGAGGGACGGGUGGGGCGGGUGUUUUGCGACGUGCCGUAUCAUUGGAUUCGGUCCGACCGCCUGGUGGUGGUGGCCCGGGCAAGAAAGAUCAUUCGGACGAUGACGGCUAUCAUCGACAUCAUCGUAUUGGGGCGAGCUGUGAAGCGGGUGGAUCCCGCAGUCCGUCGCCAACGGCAUCGAGCGGUAUUGAGAGUGGCUCUAUCAAAGACUCUCCCAUGCAGAUAGCCGACGCGCUUACGGCCGAUAGUUCCAGCAUCGAUACGCAGGAUGAUCCGCAAUCGUUCGGCGGUUCAUCUUCGUCGAUGGCAACGACGGCCGAUCGUCGUUCGAUUUUGGCUGGUGGAACGGCCAAAGGCUGGCUACCGGAUGUGGCGGCGGUGAUGUGGCGUCGCAUGCUCGGUGCACUUGGGGACGUGAACAAGAUUCUGAAUCCGAAGCUGCACGCCCAGGUGUAUCAGUAUUUGGUGAGCAUGACGGAAAGUUUGAUUAAGAUCCGCAUGAACCAAGGCAUUUCACUCGAUGGAAGUGGACAUUCGUCAUCUUCGGCGGUGGCACCGGCCAGCACGAAUCUUGUGCCGCCUGUUGCGCUGGUGGCACCAUGGUGUUACGGUGCGCUUGCCCUAGACGCCCAGUACGCGCAGGGCAAACUGUACGCCAUGCAGCUUCUGUGCACGAUCGUACAGAGUGGUGCCAGCUUGGGGAACCAUCAGCUGCCACUGUUCUAUCAUGCGCUGCAUCAAGCCCUGACCGGGGAGGAUCGUGCAAUGGCCUACACUGCGCUGCGUUAUCUAGGUGGGCCGCGAUUUCUUAGUCUGCUGCUGCCGGGUCACACGCUACUGCUGCUCGAUCUGGUCCAUGCAGCAACCGUUGUGCUCACUUCCUCCGAAACCGGUCCACACGCUCCCCGCGCACAGGUGGCCGGACUUCUUGGAUCUUUGCUUUGCUUUCCCCGAACAUCCCUCCCCGGACCGGUUCUACAGCCGUCCGAACCGCACAUCGAUCUGAUGGAGUGUCCCGAUCUGCAAGAGCAUGUGCUUAACGUUGUGCUGCGUUGUGCUCGCCGUGAACCGACCGCUAAAGCGCGCUGCAUUGCAAUCGCCUCCCUAGGGCAGUGGAUCCUGCAGAACCUUACCAAUCCUAACGCGCAGCAAGGCGCUGACGGUGAGGCCGCUUUCAAACAAAAAGUACCCCAUCAUAGCAGCGAAUCCGGUACCCGUCGUGAGUCCGUAACGAACAACGUUAAUCCACGGAUUCGCGAAGCGUUCCAGGUUAUCCUGCAGGCACUACAGUUUAGGCACCACACGAUCGCACGGCUGGCAUCGGAAACGUUGAAGCUUUGCGCCGAACAGGGUGCGCGGAUCGAGCAGAUCGAGCGUUUGCCGCAGCUCAUCAUCGACACGGUGUGUCUGUCGCUCGAUAUCCACAACGUGCCGCAUCCGAAGGAAUCGGACAAAACGGUACUAACUUCGCUUCUGCUGACACUGGGCGAGCUGUGCAUGUCCUUCUCGGUUCGCACGCUGCAACAACCAAAGCAUCACGAUUCGUCGGAACCGCUCAUACUGAUCGUGUUUCGCAUUCUCUACAAAAUAGCCACCGGUUUGCAGAAUGGCGAGCGUAUUAAGCUGUUCACGACGGACGAAGAUUUCGAUUCGACCAUCGUGGUGGACGAUGUGCGCGAGAGCGGUUCUGGGGACGCUGGAGCUUAUCAAACUUCCGAAUCGAUCGCCAGCUGCCAGUCGGCGAUUCGGCUGUGCGCGAAAACAGUCGCCAUGCAUCUGAUCACCAAUCUUGGCCACUUCCCGAUGGGGAUCGGAGCGACGCGGCUCAGUUCGUUGGUCGAUGAGCAGGAUGAUUUGAUGCCGGGCUCGGUCGUCUCGGCCCCGGUUCAUCCUGCUGCUCCCGGCGGGUCUAGUGGUGGUGCAGGCCCGCCCGUUGCAACGCUUCAGCGAGAAAAUUCCAUUGCCGGAGCACGGGUCGAUGCGAUGGAGCAGGUGCUGGCUUCGCCGAAUCUGCAGCUCCUGAUGCUGAGUCCGGAGCUGGUGGCCAGCUUUAUCGAGCUACCGGCCCUAAAGCUUCCGGGAGGGGGAGCUACUGCCGGGCUACUUACCGCCAACCGACAGGUGCGUUUGCUGCUGCGUGAUUUGAACGGGAAAGCGUGCUGGGAUGCUUCGAUACUGUAUCAGGAGCCGUCGUUAUCGGCUCCCUCCUCGGUACCGGUCGAUUACGAACGAAAUGCAACAUUCCAAAGCUCGGCGCCGGUUUCGCGGCACUAUGCCUAUUCAACGUUACCCACUGCCGGUUCUGGCCAGUUGACCGGAAGCAAUAGUGUUGGGGCAAGACAUUUUGCUAGUGGAAGCACCUCGAUCGAUCCACUGAUGUCCACCGCUAUUGGGUUGCCGAUUUCGCACGGUCCACGACACACUCUGCGCCAUCGACCGGUACAUCAGCUGCCCGUUGCAAAGGAUUUGGCGCCCGAUUUGGACCAGCUAGACGAUCUGCUGCAAUACAUCGGUUACACAAGCCCGGAAUGUUUGGACAGUUCGGAAGUACCGUUGAACACGGCUGGACCCAGCCCGCUCGGAGCCGGUCUCGAAGGUCAGACUAUUUCGAUCAUUCUGAACCAACGUACGAUCGAGGCGGAAGCAGUAGCACGUCAAAAUGCCGUAACAAAUGGGCCACUGAAUGUGCUCGAACGGUCGCUUACGAGUGGAACAUCAUCGUUCCCAACACUUGUCGCUAGCAGUGGGUACGGCAGUUACUCACCCGGCCACUCGUAUGCGGAUGAAUCCGGAACGAGCACGUUAACGCGAGCUGCCAACAAUUCGACGCAAACCGCGCACCAACCACAGUUCGAUCGUCCAGAGGCUGGCACGAAACCGUUCCAGCUCGGACGCAUUCUGUUCAACCAGCUCGGUCUCGCCGGUUGGGAAAGGCGCAAGCGAACCCAUCUGCUCCAGCGCACCGAUAAGCUGUUGCGCGAGUUGCGCAAUCUCGAUAAUCAAAAGUGCCGCGAAACGCACAAGAUGGCUGUGAUUUACGUGGCCAACGGGCAGGAAGACAAGGGCAGCAUACUGCGCAACGGGUGCGGCAGCAGCACGUACGAAAUGUUCGUAUCCGCGCUCGGCUGGGAGGUGGAGCUUGAGUCGCACAACGGGUUUCUCGGCGGGUUGCCACGGCAGGGCUGCGGUCAAACGGCACCGUAUUACGCGACUCCAUUCCUGGAGGUGAUCUAUCACGUAUCGACCCGCAUGCCGUCCGAUACGCCCGAAGCGAUACUGAACAAAACCCGUCACCUGGGCAACGACGAGGUGCACAUCGUGUGGAGCGAGCACAAUCGGGACUAUCGGCGGGACAUACUGCCGACCGAGUUUUGCGACGUGCUGAUUGUGAUUUAUCCGCUCAAAAAUGGGCUGUUCCGUGUGACGGUGAACAAAAAGCCGGAAGUGCCGUGGUUUGGUCCGCUGUCGGACGAAAUGGUCGUUGGCGGUGCUUGUUUGGCUAGUUUGGUGCGCGCGUCGGCGAUCAACGCGAGUCGAGCGAAGCGCAGUUCGCUUCCACUGUACCAGCAGUAUUACGAAGAGCGCAACCGCUCCAUCGACACAGUGGCGUUACGCCACCGGGAAAACAGUACGUUCGAAGACUUUACAGCCCGUAUCUUCUGUCCGAUCGCGCAACAGAACAGCGGAGGUGCAGGUGGUGGCAGAAUGGGUGGACCUGGCGCCGGACCGGCAGGUUCGUCCAUCGCAUCCGGCACGAAUGCACCGGCCCCGCUGGCGGCCGCAUUACUCGACCAUCACAGUCGUGGACCGUCGAAAACCUGGAUACACCACCCGGAGAUGGUUGCUACGGCCCGUGAGGUGACACAGCAAACGCUUGCCUCCGGCUCGCUGGAUCAACCGUCCCCAAGGCCCCUGCGCAAACUGCACCAUCCGUUCAAGGCGGUACCCAAGGGCGGCAAAGCUAAUCAACACGGUAUCACUGCCGGUGGUGGUGGAUCGUCAGUUGUCUACGGUGCUGGUGUCCAGCCAAACCAUCCGAGCGGGAUCGCAGCUGCGGGUACCUCAGGUACGGGUACCACACCACCAGAAAGCCCAACACUACCGGGACGCAAGAUCAAAUGAGAUUGGUGGUAGCUUCGGGCUACCGCGUUCGAGCUGUCCUUACUGCAACCCUCCCCGACGCAUGAUUGUAGGGAAGGCAAGGCAGGGCCUACCACCACCCUCACUAUUCUGACCAGCAAUACCGCACGUACUAGUAGCCGUAACGGUAACGAUAGCAACAACACCGUUGGCAGCAAACAUGCUAACGAGCUAGAAGGACGUUUGUUACCUUCCGAUCUAGCCCCGCUCAUCGGCAGCAGUCAUCAAUACGAUGUGACGAUUGUGGCCAGAAUAACGGCCUGUUUUUGUGGCAAAUAACGACAACGGUAGUAGCAGCAGCGGCAAGAUGUUCAACAUCUUAGCGGGCAAGUGAUUCAGCGGUUAUAGAAAUCAUGUUACACAAGACAUUUCUCUAUUGUUGUUGCGGCACGCACACCAGUAUUUUGGUGCCCAGCAACGCAAUGCUGCACUCAGAAAAAAAACUAAUUAAUUCACAUCCCCCCUCCCCCCCUCCUCCAAUCCGAUGCGCACCUGGUAGCGCAGGGUUGGCAUUAAAAUUAGUUUAAGUGCAACAAAUUAUUAGCUUUAACAUGUGUAGGGCGUAGUUAGGGCACAAGCUAGCGGGCCCUCGCCGAAACCAGGCAGGAGGGUGUAGUGGCUGGACAAAGAUGGUUUGAUAGAGACGUAUACAAAAGAAGAAGAAAAAACAUUUAUAUAUUUAUUUAUUAACAUUAUAUUAACAAUGAAACAUAGAAGCUAGAGGGAUUCGGUUGUGCUGCAAAUGAAUGUGGAAAUUGGGAAAAGGAAAAACAAAAAGCGCGUGAGAAAAUUAAAAGCAGCAGAGAAAAGCGUGGGGAGAGAGAGAGAGAAAGAGAGAGACAGAACACUCAGAGAAUCGUCCAUUAUUGUUACUAUACCAUUGUGAGGUAUUACUUUGUUACUAUUUUAUUGCUAUUAUUAUAAUGCUGUAAUGAUUGUCUCUUUUUUUUACCAUCUUAGCUUUUGAUGCUUCACCUUUCUCUUGUUUUGUUUUGUUUAAACACAUUUUUACACUCCAUUUAACGUAUUGAGCUUUGUUACGCACGUCCCACGUUCCUAGGGUUAAGUUAAAGUAGGCAAAAGGAAACGAAUAUCGAAUAAUUAACUAAGGUAUACUGAUGGUUGCUUUGAGGCAUCUGUCUGGCAGGGCCUACUGGACUACUGGUUUGCAACACACACACACACAGUUAAUAUAGAUUCGGUAUCGAUCGGUUACGGGGAAAAUUCAAAAUCAAAAAUAGUUCCGUUUUUUUUUUGUUCAUGACAAACGACGCCGAGAGGCAGCUACAUAGAACGAGUGAGAGGGUUUGGUGCGCUAAAACAAUAACAUCCCGACACGUAUAUGAACCUGGGUAGAUAGAAGACAGUAUUUGUUCUUUUUUUAUCACAAUGUUGGCCUGAUCUGAAAACGUAACAGCAACUGCAUGCAUGUGAUUGAUUAUGGGUACUGACUCGAACGUUGCUGCGUAGUGCAACGCCUGCUGGGGGUGAAAAGGGAGCUAAACGUUUGAUAGAUAGGAAACUGAUAUUGCUGAGAGCUAGGAAAAAAGAGCGGGAAAAAAAUGCAACCAUGCAGGCAGCUACAUACCAGCAACGCAUUCGAAGCCGAAGCACACCAACAGAAGGAUGAUAAUUGCCGGGUGAUAAUUUGUUAACUUGUUGCGCUCGCGUGAUUGUGUCAGUAUUUCCAAUGGCACUAGAAGAACAAAACAAAACCCACGGUUCCACGGUAGUUUUACGGUGCAAAAAGCAAAAAGGCUGCUAUUUUUGUAUUUCAACAAAACAAAUCGGCGCUGUCGCAGGUGCGCUUAGAAAUCGCACUCGCACUAGGAAUUGUUGUACACCUAAAACGAGAAGGCAAAGCUUUACGCAAUAAUAUUCCAACCAUUUAUAGCAUCAUGCGCAUUAUGCAACCUUUACCUUUUCCCCACCCCCUUCCGAUUCUCGUCGUCGUUCGGCUCGUUCUGCAGCUUAUUAUAUAUACACACACCAAGCUAGCAAACUAAUUGGCAAAUUAGAUAGAGUUAAAUGAUGAUCGAGUUUUGCACAGCUCAACCAUACGCGCACCCCUUUGGGCUGCGUUAAAAAGAAAACACAGCCGAUACAUUUACACGUAAAACCAAACUUAAAAAGCUGAACAAUAAAAUGCGCAAACCAAAUCAAUAAGGCUG